UUUGCCGCUUUGCGACAAACGAAUCCCGGUCGGCUCCGAACACAUCGCUGAAAGCUGGGCCUAUCUUGCACAUUUCUCUAACCCUGCAUGCCAGUACAAAUCCCCAUUCGUCUUCCGGGUGAAGUGGGCCGACCUGUUUGUGAAGGAGCCUGGCUAUGUGCUGGAGCCGACCAACAGCGGGAACCACUACUUCAUCAUCAAAGACUACGUGGAUCAGUGCAGAGGCACAGUUCGUAGGACGAACAAGGGCGAACCACCAGCUAUUGAUAUUGUCGCCAUCUCAAAGAUAGAGGGCAUGCCAGAUUCUGGACUGCGGAUACUGUUAAAGAGCCAGCGCCACUGCUGA